AUGUGGGGUGCACGUGCCACUUCCGCACAAGCGACGUUCCUGCAGCGACUUCCGAGCGAGAACGUCUUUCCAAUGUUGGGUUUUUGCCGCGGCUCUAUGCACGUAAGCUUGGACUCUUCUCGAACGCACGCCCGAUGCGAAAUGGAGUGCGACGAAACCGCCAGCGCCGCGUUGCCGGACACACGCAACGCCCGCGUCAUAUGGUGCGUUGUCGAGAUGAGCUGCGCCUCCGAAAAUCAAUGGCGAUCGAAA